CAUAAUAAAAAAACAGCACAACAAGAAGCAACAAGAAUUUUUGCAUCCAUCCACAUUUAACGUUUAACCGCAUCCGCAAUAAAAAGAAAACAGGAAUAAUUGCUCUUUUACAACCUUCUGAUUCCAUUUAAAACCAAUAAAAUUUAAAAUUAAAAAUGGCUUUCGAAGUGCGUACUCCCGUAAAUGGUUCGAUGUUGCGAAAUUUUGUCGGUAAAACUGUGAGUCUGUUCGUGAAAAUAGAAUCCGAGAGUAGCAGUUUAUCGAUUCGAGCCAAAACUACCGAUGAUCUGGACGUGCGGGUCACCCUACCAGAACCAAUCAGUGCUCGAUCAUCCGAUUGGGUUGAAAUAAUUGGAACUCCUGCUGGAGCUGACGCUAUUCGUGCGAGAGAGGUUAUCCUGUUUGGUGGAAAUCAAGAUUUAGAUGUCGAAGGCUACAACAUGAUGGUACAGUUUUGGAAUCAUAGCAAAGACAUCUAUCGGCAGGGAUAGAUCUUAAAACAAAAAACGAGUAAUUCUUGUCUGUGACAUCAAGUUCGGGUUGACUGGCCCAGAGGCUCCUUUCCUUUUAAAGGAUAAUUUCCACUAUAAUUACAUAAGUUUAUUAAAAUUUUCUUCAAAAGUCGCCACAUUAAUUUCAAAAUUUGUAUUUCUCUAAAUUUUGUACGUACAACUAUUUUUUGUUUAUUAAAUAAAGCACCUAUAUUAUA